AUGAAGCGCCCGAGCAUCGCCAUUGUCGGCGCCGGGCCCUCGGGCCUCUGCCUCGGGGCCCUCCUACACCAGAGAGGCAUCCCCUUCACCAUCUACGAGCUGCGCGACCGUCUGAGCCCUGCAGCGCUGUCCGCGGCGCCCUCGGGCAUGCUGGAUCUGCACGAGGCGUCGGGCCUGGCCGCCAUCCGGUCCUGCGGUCUGUGGCAUCGCUUCCUCCCGCUGACGGCCGACUGCGGCCAGGGCACCAUAGUCAUGGACCGAGAUGGAACCGUGCAGUACCGCGACGACGGCGGCGGCGGCGACGCGAACCGGCCGGAAAUCGCCCGCAAUGAGCUGGUCGGCCUGCUGCUAUCGGCCACGCCCGCAGAGAGCGUUGCGUGGGGCCACAAGCUGCGCGGAGCAGCGCCGACGGCGGACGGCCGCGUCCAGCUCGACUUCGGGGACCGCGGCACCAGGGAGCAUGACUUUGUCGUCGGCGCAGACGGGGCCUGGUCCCGGGUCCGGGGCUUGGUCACCGACGUCGGACCGCGGUAUGGCGGCAUCAGCUACGCGACAUUGCACAUUGCCGGAGCCACCGAUCGACGCCCGGCGCUCGCGGACAUGGUCGGCGACGGCUCGUGCUUCAUCCUCGGCGGCGGCAACGGCCUCGUCAGCCACCGCGGAGCCCGCGGCGCCAUCUCGGUCCAUGUCAGCGCCGCCUCGGACGACGAGCACGCCCUGCAGGACCGGACGCGCGACCUGGACCCUGAGCAGUGGAGGCGGGUGCUGCUUGGCGACGCGGCCCUCUUCGGCUCGUGGAGCCCCGCCGUCCACGAGCUUAUAUCGGCCGGCUGCGACGAGGAAGCUGCCCGGGCGGGCUCGUCGGGCCCCCCGCCGAUGAAGCCGCUCUACAUGCUGCCUGUCGGACACGAGUGGCCGGCCCGGCCCGGGGUGGCCCUCGUCGGCGACGCGGCGCACCUGAUGAUGCCAUGGGCUGGCGAGGGCGUCAACCUGGCGCUGCGCGACUCUCUCGACCUGGCCGAGGCCAUUGCCAAGGCUUGGGACGAGUACUCGUCGUCUCCGGAAUCCCAAUCCUUCCCAGACGUCCUGCUGCUCCAUGUUGCCGGGUUUGAUCGGGCCAUGUUUGCGAGAGCCAGGAUAGCGGCGCAAGAGACGUGGACCAAUUCAAAGCUUCUCUUUUCUCAAGAUGGCGCGAGGGCCAUGGCAGACUUGAUGGCCAGCUUCGGGGCGCCGGAGUAG